CGUCUCUUUGUGUAUCCCUUUCCAUUUACAGUCAUGUUGAGAAGAAGCGCUCGACUACAAUCUUCGGGUUACUACAACUCGGAGGGAGUGCCGACCAUCUCCUACAAGGAGUAUUCUUAUAGAGUCUUCAGGAAGAAAAGGAGUUCUAGAUGUUCCAACUUCGGCACAUACUCUAUACCAGACCACAUCCCUUGCAUGAACAUGGGCUGGGACAUGGAGAACGACUCCGACGCAGAAACCAUCCCAUACGUAGACAUAGACAGGGACUCAGAUGCAGAAACCAUCCCAUACGUAGACAUGGACAUGGACUCAGAUGCAGAAACCAUCCCAUACGUAGAAUCGGCCAGAGAGUCAUACGCAGAACCCGUCCCACGCACAGGCUUCACCAUGAACACUGAAGCAGGGAUGAUAAGAGAAGAAAAUGCCCACUUGGAAAACAGAAGGAGGACCGCCGCUCGUAGACGGUCCCCCAGAAAUAAGCGCAGGGAGAACAUUUUCUUGUUUGUCGUCACAUGCCUCCUAAUUUUUGCUCUGGCUUACCCGAUUUAUGCUAUGGAGUUCACACCUGAAGAGUCUCCUGCUUCCUCUAUUGCAGCAGACAUGGCCUCCAGUGGAUACUGCAAAGGGAUAAUAAUGGAUCCACUUGAGUUGAUAAAGGCUCUGAUAGGCUUAACCACAGCAGAUGACUACUGUGUCCCUCCAUAAAAUCACUGAACUCACACCUCAGUUUUCUCUGGAGUUUAUGAUUUCUCACUAACUGUGUUUCUGUGCUUUUGGCCCAACCAAAACCAGAUCCACUGGUUUUGGUUGGGCCUUAAGAGUUAUGGAGGUAAGUAUGGAGGUAAGUACAUCUACACGAGUUCAAUCAAGCUGAAAACAUUCAUUCAAACUUGUUGUGUGGAAUAUGUAGUUUAACAAAAAAUACCAGCAGAAUCAUUAGAUUUUCACUGUAAAAUUAAUUUUGGAGGGCAUAAAAGCGUAAAUCUUUACAAUCUUAAUUAUUCAUUAAUAGUUCAAUUGGAAUAAGUUAGCAUCUUAAUUUUAGUAAAUAAAUUUUUAGUGUUAAUUUGAGAAAGAAAGGGCUGCACAGUGGAACAGCAAGGUCUUUCUGCAUGGAGUUUCCAUGUUCCCACUGUGCAUGCGUGGGUUCUCUCCAGGUGCUCUGGCUUCCUCCCACGGUGCAAAAACAUGACUGGUAGUUCAACUGCUAACUCUAAAUUGUCCUCAGUUGUGAGUGGCUGUGAACGUACACAGUUCACAAUCACACAAACUAAUGCUUUAGUUGUAUAUGACUAGAUUCAUAUAAAACUAAUCAAAUAAAUGGAUGUAAACUGUUACAACAGUUUUAUUGAUUCAAAUAACAGUUCAUAAGUGUAAAUCUGUCUUGACUGGUGGUAUUUUCAGUUUCGUGGAGCUCCACGACACAAGUGGGGAAGUUUUCAGUCAGAUUCAGAUCCUCUGUAGGGGUAAAAGGGUGUUUAGAGUAUUAGCUUAGCUUGGUGACUAGCAGCAAACCAAUGGACUGCAGGAUGCUUCGUCAUCCUCAAGGUAACUGAAUGGGUUUUCUCCAGGUGCUCUGGUUUCCCCACCCCAAAAAAAUCAAAUGAUAUUUUAAAACAAUAGGUUUCGCAAACCUAUUGUUUUAAAGGAACAGGAAAGGAAAGACAUACAUUUAAUACAGGUUUGCUAAAUUAUACCUGUAAUUUCAGGACAAAAUACAAAAUACCUGUAAUUUCUUCCAGCUAAUGUGCUAAGCUAGACUAAAUUUCCCACUUAAUGCUAAUUAAAACAAAACAUUAGCAUUACAUAUGUAUUUGUUUGUCGCAGGUACAAUGUCUCCUCUCUUUGUUUUCUUCUCUCAUCAUGUGUGUUCAACAACACUACACCGCCAUUAACUCUAUGUGUUCUCUUCUUAGCUCCAGAAGCCCCGGCUUGGACCUCCACUCCCCAGCCGGUCGAGGCAGAUGGCCGCCCAUCCUGAGCCUGGUUCUGCUCGAGGUUUCUUCCUGUUAAAAGGGAGUUUUUCCUCCCCACUGUCGCCCAGCGCUUGCUCACGAUGGGGGAUUGCGUCACAAAAUGACUGCAAUCAGCUGGUUUCUUUAGAUAAAUAAAUUGAAUCACUUUGA